AUGAGGUCAUUAUUCCUUUCCACACUCAUCUUCUCUACAGCUCUGGGUGUUGUUGUCCCUAGAGCAGGGAAGAAGAUCGACUACAAUGGGUUCAAGCUCCUGCGCGUCAGUCUGUCUGAAGGAGCAGAAGAUGUCGAGGCUCAGAUCGAAGAGCUAGCGGCGCACGUUUUGAAUCCAGGCAAGACAGCGCACCUCGACGUCGUCGUGUCGCCCUCAGAUGCCGAUGCAGUCACUGCAUUGGCUGCCACGAGCACUGUCCUCAACGAAGAUGUUGGCGCAGCGUUAGCGGAAGAGGGCGAACUUGCUGCGUACGAGGUUCCAAGUGAGACGUGGUUCACCGCCUAUCAUUCCUACGCGGACCAUCUUUCGUUCCUCAGCGACCUGCAAGCUGGCUUUCCAGGCCAGUCUGAGCUCUUCACCACUGGAAGCUCGGUGCAAGGACGGACAUUGACCGGCAUCCAUAUCUGGGGAAGUGGAGGAAAGGGCUCGAAGCCCGCUGUCCUUCUCCACGGAACAGUCCACGCCAGAGAAUGGAUCAGCACCAUGACUACCGAAUACUUCGCCUGGCAACUCCUCACAAAAUAUGCCUCCGAUGCCACCGUGAAGUCCCUCGUCGACAAAUUUGACUACUACAUCAUCCCCGUCGUAAACCCAGACGGCUUCGUCUACUCGCAAACCACCGACCGCCUCUGGCGCAAGAACCGACAAACCGUCAGCGGCAACUCCUGCGUCGGCCGCGACAUCAACCGCAACUGGCCGUUCAAGUGGGAAGUGCCCGGCGGCGCCUCGACCAAUCCGUGCUCCGAGACGUACAAGGGGCAGGCCGCGGGCGAUUCUCCAGAGAACACGGGGCUUAGAACGCAAGUCGAUGCUUUGAAAGCGAGCACGGGGAUCAGGCUGUAUCUGGAUGUGCAUUCUUAUGGACAGUAUAUUCUUUGGCCGUAUGGCUAUGACUGCAACCUCGUGGUGCAUAAUGACGCGGAGCACCGCUCGCUUGCUACGCGGGCUGCCUCGGCUAUCCAGGCUGUGUCUGGUACCGCAUAUACGAUCGGUCCGGCUUGUGCUACGUUGUAUGCUACCACGGGCGAUUCCACUGAUUACACCGAUGGGGUUGGGAAUGCUACGUAUUCGUAUACGUAUGAGCUGCGGGAUACGGGAAGGUAUGGGUUUACGCUGCCCGCGAACCAGAUUCAGCCUACUGUUAGAGAGACAUGGGAGGGGUUCAUUAGCAUGUUGAAGGAUGCUUGA